AUGUCGAAUCCAUCGGGAGUAACCAUCACAGACGAAUGCAUCGCCGCAUACAACCAACUCCGCUCAGGCAGAGGAACCCCGAAACAAAAGUUCAUCAUCUACAAAGUCUCCGACGACACCACGACCAUUGUCCUGGAGGAAUCAUCCCCGGAGACAGACUACGAAGUCUUCCUCCAGAAACUUUCUUCUGCGGUUGACAAAGAUGGAAAGCCGGCUCCGCGGUAUGCCGUCUACGACGUGGAAUAUGAUCUUGGGAGUGAAGGCAAACGCACUAAGACUAUCUUCAUUCACUGGGGCCCCAGUCAUGCACCGAUCAAGCUUUGCAUGCUUUACGCUUGUAGCAAGGAGCAACUGAGAAAAGCUCUUGACGUCAACGUCUCCAUUCAUGCAGAUAGUCUGAACGAGCUUGAGUGGAAAGUUGUGUUGAAGGAGGCGAGUGGGGGUAAGGCAUAG